AUGCUGAUUACUUGGGAGACCCGCUACAUGCUUUUACUGUGGCUCUCUGUGACCUGCCUGAUCCCUUUUGAUUUUUCACGCCUUGACGGGAACCUCCUCACUCAACCUGGGCAAAUGCGAAUGUCUGUAAUGGACCGUAUUCUCCAAAUAGCAGAGGCCUACUUGGUUGUCAGUGACAAGGCCCGAGAUGCCGCUGCUGUCCUUGUGUCCAAGUUUGUCACACGGCCUGAUGUCAAGCAGAAGAAGAUGGCAGGUUUCCUGGACUGGAGCCUGCACACCUUGGCCCGCUCCUCCUUCCAGACCAUCGAGGGGGUCAUUGCCAUGGAUGGCAUGCUACAGUCCCUGAGUGCAGUUUGGCAGAUCACAGAAGAUCCUUCCCACCAAUCUGAGCCGAAUAUGCUGUUGUUUGCAGCUUCCACCGUUCUCGAGUGCCUAGAGGGCUGCAGGCUCCCCGACAGCAACCAGACCCUGCUCCGCAAACUUGGGGUGAAGCUCGUGCAGCGGCUGGGACUGACGUUCCUGAAGCCCAGGGUAGCGAAGUGGAGGUAUCAGCGUGGCUGCCGCUCGUUGGCUGCCAACCUGCAGCGCUGCGCCCAGAGUCAGAAAGAGUUGAUGGUGCACGUGGAGACUCCCGACAGCGACGGAGACUAUGACAUCCCCGAGGAGGUGGAGAGCGUGAUAGAGCGGCUGCUGGUCGGGCUGAAGGACCAGGACACGAUUGUGCGGUGGUCUGCGGCCAAAGGAAUUGGUAGGAUGGCUGCAAGGCUUCCCAAAGAGCUGGCGGAUGACGUGGUUGGGUCUAUGUUGGAUUGUUUCAGUUUUCAGGAGACGGACAAUGCCUGGCAUGGUGGCUGUCUGGCGCUGGCGGAACUGGGCAGAAGAGGCCUGUUGCUCCCUUCCCGACUCAAGGAUGUUGUCCCUGUGAUCCUGAAGGCGCUGACCUAUGAGGAGAAGCGGGGUUCCUGCAGCGUGGGCACCAACGUUAGAGACGCCGCCUGCUACGUGUGCUGGGCCUUUGCGCGUGCCUACGAGCCCCAGGAGCUGCAGCCCUUCGUGGCCGCCAUUUCCAGCGCUCUGGUGAUUGCCACAGUGUUUGACCGAAACAUAAACUGCAGGAGAGCAGCCUCUGCUGCUUUCCAGGAGAAUGUGGGAAGACAGGGCACUUUCCCUCACGGAAUCGAUAUUUUGACUGCAGCGGACUACUUUGCUGUUGGCAACAGAGCUAACUGUUUCCUGGUUAUAAGCACGUUUAUUGCCGGCUUUCCUGAGUACACACAGCCAAUGAUAGACCACCUGGUGACCAUGAAGAUCAACCACUGGGAUGGAGUCAUCAGGGAGCUGUCUGCGAAGGCUCUGCAUAACCUGGCCCAGCGAGCUCCUGAGUACAGCGCCGCUCACGUUCUCCCACGUCUGCUGUCGAUGACGCAGAGUCUGGACCUGCACACGCGGCAUGGAGCUGUGCUUGCCUGUGCGGAGGUCGCCCGUGGCCUGUACAGACUCUCAGUACAAGAGGACAGGCCCGUCGCAGACUACCUGGAUGAAGCGGCAGUGCAGGGCCUGAAGCAGAUUCACCAGCAGCUUUAUGAUCGUCAGUUAUACAGGGGUCUCGGAGGAGAACUCAUGAGACAAGCAGUGUGCAUUUUAAUAGAAAACUUGUCCCUUUCCAAGAUGCCUUUUAGAGGUGACGUCGUAAUCGAUGGUUGGCAGUGGGUGAUAAAUGACACACUGAGAAAUCUCCAUCUUAUUUCAAGUCAUUCUAGACAACAGAUCAAGGAAGCGGCUGUCUUGGCCCUGGCUGCUCUCUGCAGCGAGUACUACACCCUGGAGACCGGGGAGGCGGAUCCCGCCAGGCAGGAGGAGCUGAUACGGCAGUAUCUCGCUGACCUGCAGAGCCCGGAGGAGACGGCUCGCUGUGGCUUCUCUCUGGCCCUGGGCGCCCUCCCGCGCUUCCUCCUGAAAGGCAGGCUGCAGCAGGUGCUGGCAGGCCUGGGAGCCGUGACUGUCAUUCGUCCUGAGAACGUGAGCUUUGCCGAGUCCAGGCGGGACGCUCUGAAGGCGAUCUCAAGGUGCGUCUCCUCCGGGCUGUUCCCCCAGUCCUUGCUCUCCCGGGCGCCAGCGACCGACAGCCCCACACCUGAGCUCAGUGCUUCACCGGCCAGGCUCCUGUGGGCCGGGGCCUCCGUCUGUCUGUCGGUGGAAGGGCCAGUGCCUGGCCUGCAGGACCGGCCGGCCUUGCUGGUGCGGGGCGGGUCUGUGGUCCCUGCUGCCCAGCUGUGUCCCCGGUCUGAAGUGCGGCUUUCACCCUGGUUCGGCCAGUCAUGGGUCCGUGAGGCCGCCAUGACCAGUCUGAUGGACCUGACGCUCCUGCUGGGGAGGAAGCAGCCAGAGCUGAUCGAGGCCAGUGUCUGUCAGCAAGUCAUGUGUCAUGUGGCCCAGCAGGCGAGUGAGAAGAUUGACCGGAUCCGCGCGCACGCCGCCCGCGUCUUCAUGGCUCUGCUGCACUCUCACGGCUCUCCCGUCCCACACGUGCCCCACCGAGGAGAGCUGGAAAAGCUCUUCCCCAGAUCCGACAUGGCCUCCGUGAACUGGAAUGCGCCGUCUCAGGCCUUCCCUCGCAUCACCCAGCUCCUGGGGCUGCCCACCUACCGCUACCAUGUCCUGCUGGGGCUGGCCGUGUCCGUGGGCGGCUUGACCGAGUCGACGGUCAGGUACUCAACACAGAGCCUCUUUGAGUACAUGAAGGGGAUUCAGAAUGACCCACAGGCUCUGGAGGGCUUCGGGGGGACCCUCCUGCAGGUCUUUGAGGACAACCUUCUGAAUGACAGGGUGUCUGUGCCGCUGCUGAAGACGCUGGACCAGAUGCUCGCCAAUGGGUGCUUCAACCUCUUCACCGCGGAGCAGGACCACCCCUUCAGUGUGAAGCUGCUCGCGCUUUGUAAGGAGGAAAUCAAAAAGUCCAAGGACGUGCAGAAACUGCGGUCUAGCGUCGCUGUGUUCUGUGGGAUGGUGCAGUUCCCGGGCGACGUGAGGAGGAAGGUGCUCCUGCAGCUGAGCCUUCUGCUCUGCCACCAGUUCCCCGUGAUCCGGAAGACCACGGCUAGCCAGGUGUACGAGAUGCUGCUCACCUACGGUGACAUCAUGAGUGAGGACGUCCUUGAUGAGGUCAUGACUGUGCUGGGCACCACGGCCUGGGACGCGGAGCUCCCGCUCGUGAGAGGCCAGCGGAACCGCCUGUGUGACCUCCUUGGCGUGCCCAGACCUCAGCUGGUCCCCAAGGUAACCGCAUGGCCCUCGGCCCUGUGAGACCCGGGGGCCCUUCCCACGCGAGCCACCAUUCUGAGCUUGAGUCUGGAACAUUCUGGGUUGUACUGACCGGCUGGUGUGUUUCCCCACCCCGCCAGCCCCUCGUGUGCUUUGCCGGCUCCUCCUCAAAGGCUCCCGCCUGCCUUGUCCCCACCAGGCCCGUGUCAGGUGUGUCCUGUGGGCACGACAUCCAGGACAGGCCCUCUGCCUGGCAGGUGGCUGUCCUGUGCUGCCAGCCCUCAGCGGAGUUGGCAGCGACCGAGCUCGCUCCUCUCACAUGAGGUCCUCAGUGCCGCUGUCUGGUUUCCACCAUCACCAUCUCCCCGGACACCCAUCCUCUCCGGGGACUUUGUCACCCCCAGAGUCUCCAGGGCUGCCCAGUGAGGUGUUAGUCUUUUCCACGGCGUUGGUGUGUGCACAGCAG